UGGACUAUACUCUCUUAUCUGGCUGUCUCCAUAUCUUUCUGUUCUACACAUUCGUUCAUAUACCGUGCUUGGUAACGUCCCAGUUGUCCCAUGGUCGAACAAGGGACCAUCUCGGACCCUGUCCACGCCACCGUGAACGGACAUCUCACUUCGCCCACCGUGGAGCCGUCAACGUCUUUCACAUAUCUCUCACUACCGCUCGGCGAAGCUUUUCCACGUUCCUCAGGAUGAAGACCACAGAUAGAACAAAGAAAAAGCACCGGGUCAUCACGGAUACAUAAACACUUGGUCGCGCUUCUAUUGUUCGAUUUGGGUCUCACACAAGUCUCACAUACGGCACGGCUCGGCAACCGCACGCUCUACACCAUGUGCUACUACCGUCUAUACAUCUUCCUCGGCUGCGGCCACACCACCUUCUCCGCGCGACCCGUCCGCCCCUGCGCAGCUGCACGCUCGAAACGAAUAGCAGCAUCGCAGCACCAGCACACAGACACAGCGCAAGGAGUCCCUCCGAAUGCGCCUCCACAAGCCUACCAACCUACCUCACCGAUCGCAGCCACACAUGCCACAGGCAUAACCACAUUCCACACUCUCCACCCCAGCACUCCCCACCCGCACGCGGACAGCGCAAACAUCCCACAAGACCCCGUGACAUCACGACUCCCCGACACACCAACUCGAUCUGAAGAAUGCGCAGACGUCCUCACGCACCCUUUCCAGACCCUCAACAUCCAUACCUCGUGCGCGCUCUGCCUCCGCCAACGCGCCGCGCUGCUGCAGCAGCUCGAGGAAGAGACAGCAACAUCGGCAGUGCGCUUCGAGGACUGGCGCUGGAAGGUCAAGUACCUAUCUCCGACGCCCGAGGAGGCGCGGUACGCGGCCGAGUGGAAGAACGUGGGGAGCGUGAUGGGGAGUUGGGUUAAGGAUUGGAAGGUCAAGGGGGAUGAGAUUUUGGGGGUGUUGAGGGAGACGGUUGGGGAGGGAGAGGAGAGGAGGAGGGAUAGUGUGGGUAGUGGGUUAGGAUUGGGUUUGGGGAUCAAGGGUGUGUUGGGGACGGGGAGGAAGAAGGCGAGAGAGGUUUAGAGGUGGAGUCGGGAGUAGCUGAUGCUGCUGGGGGGCGCAAGUGUAUGUGGGAAAUGUAAGGCAGAGAUAGGGAGCUGUAUAUGCCAUUGAUACAUAGCAAAGACUAGCAUUGGAAACGACGAUGGCGCACAAGUGAGCCGAGCCGCACGUGACAUCCCACGCCAA